GGGUCUUAUAUUCAGGCCGUCGCGCCGGCUCUACUUCCUUUUCCGGCCACAGCAGGAGAGAGAGAGACAGGCGCCGCAGCCAUGUCGCUUGUCAUUCCCGAGAAGUUCCAGCACAUCCUGCGAGUCCUCAACACCAACAUCGACGGGCGGCGGAAGAUCGCCUUUGCCAUCACUGCCAUCAAGGGGGUGGGCAGGCGUUAUGCCCACGUGGUGCUGAGGAAAGCGGACAUCGACCUGACCAAGAGGGCUGGAGAGCUCACUGAAGAUGAGGUGGAGCGUGUCAUCACCAUAAUGCAGAACCCUCGUCAGUACAAGAUCCCCGACUGGUUCCUGAACAGGCAGAAGGACGUGAAGGAUGGGAAGUACAGCCAGGUCUUGGCCAACGGGCUGGACAACAAGCUCCGUGAGGACCUGGAGCGGCUGAAGAAGAUCCGAGCGCAUCGGGGACUGCGCCACUUCUGGGGCCUGCGUGUCCGUGGCCAGCACACUAAGACCACCGGCCGCCGUGGCAGAACCGUGGGUGUCUCGAAGAAGAAGUAAAUCUUUUCCCAUGCAGAUAAUAAUAAUAAAGUGGUUUUCUCAA